AUGCGAGAAAUAGUCCAUCUUCAAACUGGUCAAUGCGGUAACCAAAUUGGAUCGAAGUUUUGGGAAGUCAUUAGCGAAGAACACGGUAUCAAUGGUGAAGGUCAAUAUUUUGGUCACAGUCCCUAUCAAUUAGAUAAGAUCUCAGUUUAUUACAAUGAAUCUUCUACUCGUAAAUAUGUCCCUCGAGCAGUCCUGGUAGAUCUUGAACCAGGCACAAUGGACGUCAUUCGUGAAAGUCCUUUUGGUCGACUUUUCCGUCCUGAUAAUUUCAUUCACGGCCAAUCUGGAGCUGGUAAUAAUUGGGCUAAAGGUCAUUAUACAGAAGGAGCUGAACUAGUCGAUUCAGUUAUGGACGUAAUUAGGAAGGAGGCUGAGAAUUGCGAUUGUCUUCAAGGAUUCCAAGUAACUCAUUCCCUUGGUGGUGGUACAGGGGCUGGAAUGGGUACUUUACUAGUCAGUAAGAUAAGGGAAGAGUUUCCAGAAAGAAUGAUGUGUACUUUUAGUGUAGUUCCUUCUCCUAAGGUAAGUGAUACAGUAGUUGAACCAUAUAAUGCUACUUUAAGUAUUCAUCAACUAGUGGAGAAUAGUGAUGAGACCUUUUGCAUUGAUAAUGAAGCUUUAUACGAUAUCUGUUUUAAUACAAUGAAAUUGGCUAAUCCUGGCUAUGGAGACUUAAACCGGUUGGUUUCAGUAGUAAUGAGUGGUAUAACAACUUCAUUACGUUUCCCAGGACAACUUAAUGCUGAUUUACGUAAAUUAGCCGUUAAUAUGAUUCCUUUUCCUCGUUUGCACUUCUUUAUGGUUGGUUUUGCCCCUUUAACGGCUCAGGGAUCAACGGCUUAUCGGGCUUGUUCUGUAACGGACUUAACACAGCAGAUGUUUAGUUCACGUAAUAUGAUGGCAGCUUGUGAUCCGAAGAAAGGUCGUUAUUUGACUGUAGCUGCUAUGUUCCGGGGUAAGAUAAGUAUGAAAGAUGUGGAUGAGCAGAUGCUUAGUAUUCAGCGCAAGAACUUUGCUAACUUUGUGGAAUGGAUUCCUCAUAAUGUGAAGACUUCAGUUUGUGAUAUUUCACCUUCGGGCUUAGAAAUGUCUUCGACCUUUAUUGGGAACAGUACGGCUAUUCAGGAGUUAUUCAAACGGAUAAGUGAUCAGUUUAGUGUGAUGUUCCGGAAGAAGGCUUUCUUGCACUGGUAUACGGGUGAAGGUAUGGAUGAGAUGGAGUUUACUGAGGCCGAAUCGAACAUGAACGAUCUGUACAGCGAGUACCAGCAGUACCAGGAUGCCACCAUUGACGAGGAAGACUAUGCCAUGGCGGCCUAA